GGACCUUUUAGUCGCCGCUCUAGCAUCCUGUGUUCACGUCCGGUUUGAAUAGGACAAUCUGUGGCGCGUGUGUUUAGAUGUUAUUUGUUUUAGGUCGUUUCGUUCAGAAGUAGUGACUCACACUUUGCGCCCUAGAUAUCACCAAAAAGAAUAUGAACUGCUUUUUCCGGAAGCUGCAGGCGUCUGUCACACAGCAGGUGUUUGUGCUGAGUCAAGCUCUGACAUCAUGCAGAGUCAUGCCUUCCAUCCAGCAUCCUGUCUGCUGCACGACUUCUGUUAAUAAGAGGCUAUAUAGAAGCAGAGCGACACACGGGAUCGGGAGGUGGAAGUUUCUUUUACCCAAAGAGGCCCCCAAGAAGAAGAGGGACAAACUGCAGAUGAAGCCGAUUGUUCUGGCUACAAACACGACAUACGGGACGCUGAACGUGACAGUGUCGGGUUAUGACAUGACGGCAGUGGAGCAUUAUUCUCAGUACAUCCACAACCUCUGCAACCGGCUGGGUGUCAAAGUGUCUGAAAGCUACGCUUUACCAACCAAGACCACCGAGGUGAUGCUGGUGCAGGAUCAAGGAGCCAAAUCGUACGUCGAAGCAGUCCUGAAGACCCACCAACGAGUCAUCCAGUUGAGCAGUCUGGAUGCCACGUUGUGCCCCGUCUUCAUGGAGGUUCUCUUACAGAACCAACCAGAGGGAGUCCAGCUGGCCGUCAAGGAGCACACAGAGGCAGAUUUCCACGCACGCUUCAAGUCGCGUCCAGAACUGGAUGGACUCAUCGCUCAGAUCAACCAAUAGUCGUAGCUGUAGUGAAAUUUGACCUUCAAAGGUUUAUUUUAAAGCAAAAAUAAAAGAAGAUUCUCAUUUAAUUAUUCCACUAGUUAAAAUACAAAAUCGAACAGAUGACAGUGGCGUAAACACGGUUUUGGUGUUUCUUUGGUUCUGUUGCAGAAAUAAAAACAACCUUUUUUAAAAA